AUGUUCUCGCAUGGAUAUUUUACUUGUAUUAUUAUAUUUUUGAACUUAUAUAAAGUGGUAACGGGAGAUCUUAAAAAACUUAGCUGUGAUCUGAAGCAGAAUCAGCCGGAACGAGUCUUGGAGAAGUUCUUCCUGGACGUUGAGAACUAUUUGAUGCAGGACUGCCCCAGCAGACACGUGACCAUCAUUGCUCCGAACAAUCAACUUCUGAGAGCUGCAACACCAAUUUUCAGGGGCAGACCUUAUUUUGUUGGUACCAAUUCUAAGGUUAUAGUUCAGUCGCGUGAAUAUGCAAACGAGAACUGCGUCUUUCUGUUUAGCUAUAAAAUUUAUUACGAUUACUCGAUACUCAGCUAUUUGCCGAGCGAUUACAAUACCAAAAUUCAUAUGGUGUCGACGAUUGAUAUAUCAGAAGACGAAAUGAAGAAUAUUUUCAGUUUGGCGAGUUACGGGCUAAUGGAAAACGUGACAAUUAUAUUCUUGCAAAACAACGACUUGAAAGCUUUCAAAGUAUUUCCUUAUACAAGGAAUUGCAUGAGAGAGAUAAGACUAUCAUACAUUUGGGGUCCCGACAAGGGACUAAAAACGUAUUAUUACGAUGACGAUUCCCCCAGAAAUUUGAAUAAGUGUUCAAUUCCUAUUUCAACGUUGUCUUUGAAGAGCACUAUUACCGUACAUGAGAAUCCGGACGGUACCCUGGAUAUUUUGGGUGGCCCCGAAGGAAAUUUAAUUUUAACAUUCGCCGAGACACUUAACUUCACUGCGGCAGUUAAAUAUCCUGAUAUACAAGAGUGGGAGGGUGAAAUAAAUAACACAGUUAUUGGUCUGCUGGGUGAUAUCGCAAAUAGAAAAUCCGUGAUAGCCAUCGGGCAAAUGUUACCAAAUUUAGGGAAACACGCAUACAGUGACUUUACAUUGAGUUACGAUCAAGGCUGUGUAACUUGGACGACACCGUUGAUAACAGUUUUCAAGGAAGAUGUCCUCUACUCAGAAUUUAAAGUGUAUCUGUGGAUCGCCGUUCUAUUCUCAAUUGCAUUCAGCUUCGUCUUCAUCUACAACAUACCUAGAAUCAAUCCAAAUAACAGGACAAGACAGACCUAUAUUGGUGUCGCAUUAGACGUGAUAUGCUCCACCCUUGGAAUUCCACUUCAUCGUGUACCAGCUGAUCAACCAGGAAAGAUCUACUGCCUAUCUUAUAUUUUUUACGCAAUGGUACUAACAGUAGCGUACAGGACGUCUUUAGCCUCCAUAUUGACCGUGAGGAAUAAUGUCCAGCUUAUACAGAGCGUCGAAGACAUUGUUCGAUUAGGAAUAAUUCCAGGAGGAAGUAACAGUACAUUGUCUAUGUUAGAGUUGCAACUGGAAGAAUAUCCCUACGUAUCGUAUCUGGUAGAUAAUUAUGAACAUAUUGUAGACACUGUGUCCGCGCUUAAAAGGAUUAAAUGUAAAAAGGAUUUUGCCUUCGUGAGAGAUUUUACAGAGACGCAAUACUUUAAACGGAAAUUAAUUUUGUCUGGAGAAGAGGUUUAUUUUCAUACCUUUGCCCAUUGCAUUGUAUCGUAUCAUAAAGUAGUUCUCGUCAGUAAGGGUUCCGUCUUGACUACCGAAUUAAAUUUUAUUAUUGGAAGAUUGCGACAAGCGGGAUUUAUCGAUUUGUGGAACAGAGAAAGUAAUAACGUCGAUGUCCAAAAAGCACAUGAGAUUGAUGUAACAAUACAAGAAAUCAAAUUGACGCAACUGCGAUCAAUCUUUACGCUUUAUUUAUCGGGUAUAACACUGUCCAUGGUUACUUUCAUAUUGGAAUUGAUAUUUUCUUUACUGUCGAAAUAUAAAAAUUAAGAUUACAAGUAAUUUAAUAUCAGGUAUUUCGCGACUCGUAACGUAGUACAAUCGACCGAGCGACAAUUUUAUGUUGAAAAAAUGUCUUUUCGAGUACCUAUAAUGCACUAUUAGAAAAAUUCAUCGAUA